AAACAGGAAGAAGAAGAAGAAGAACCAGAACUUCCAGAGAUCAAACAGGAAGAAGAAGAACCAGAACCUCCAGACAUCAAACAGGAAGAAGAAGAGGAACCAGAACUUCCAGAGAUGGAGGAACUUCAGGUUCUAGGUACCAGCCAGGAGGGAGAGCAGCUUAUUCUUAAGUUUGAGAGUGAAAGCCUUGAAGUUCCUUCUGUUGAGGAGCAAAGUGACCUGAGAGAACCAGAAGAAGUACGGGACGCUGAGCAGCUCCUCUCUCAGGACUCUGAAGGUGAAAAGCAUUUAGGGGAAACAUGUGGUGAACCUGUCCGCAAAAAAACAAAAUUACAUCCAAAGGCAGGAACGGUCACUGAGAAGAAGAAAACUUGUGAAACAUGUGGGAAAAGUUUCAGUCAUCAGAGUACUUUGUUGGUCCACAAGAGAUCUCACACAGGUGAGAAGCCAUAUCCUUGUGAAGCAUGUGAGAAAACUUUCAGUCGGUCCAGUCAUUUGUUGCGCCACAUGAGAUGUCACACAGGUGAGAAGCCGUAUCCUUGUGAAACAUGUGGUAAAAGUUUCAUUGACCGAAGUUAUUUGUUGGUCCACAUGAGAUCUCACACAGGUGAGAAGCCAUACCCUUGUGAAACAUGUGGGAAAAGUUUCAGUGACCGGAGUUAUUUGUUGGUCCACAUGAGAUCUCACACAGGUGAGAAGCCACACCCUUGUGAAACAUGUGGGAAAAGUUUCAAUACCCGGAGUCAGUUGUUAUGCCACAUAAGAUCUCACACAGGUGAGAAGCCAUAUUCUUGUGAAACAUGUGGGAAAAGUUUCAGUCAGUACAGUCAUUUGUUGCUCCACAAGAGAUCUCACACAGGUGAGAAGCCAUAUCCUUGUGAAACAUGUGACAAAAGUUUCAGUCAGUACAGUCAUUUGUUGCGCCACAUGAGAUCUCACACAGGUGAGAAGCCAUAUUCUUGUGAAACAUGUGGAAAAAGUUUCAGUCAGUACAGUCAUUUGUUGCUCCACAAGAGAUCUCACACAGGUGAGAAGCCAUAUCCUUGUGAAACAUGUGAGAAAAGUUUCAGUCAGUACAGUCAUUUGUUGCGCCACAUGAGAUCUCACACAGGUGAGAAGCCAUAUUCUUGUGAAACAUGUGGAAAAAGUUUUAGUCGUCACAGUACUUUAUUGGAUCACAAGAGAUCUCACACAGGUGAGAAGCCAUAUCCUUGUGAAACAUGUGGGAAAAGUUUCAGUCAUCAGAGCGCUUUAUUGGUCCAUAAGAGAUCUCACACAGGUGAGAAGCCAUAUACUUGUGAAACAUGUGGAAAAAGUUUCAGUUGGCGCAGUAAUCUAUUGGUCCACUUGAGAUCUCACACAGGUGUGAAGCCGUAUCCUUGUGAAACAUGUGGGAAAAGUUUCAGUCAUCGUUCUUCUUUGCUGCACCACAUGAAAAUUCACUUGAAGAUGAGGUGAUGAAAGACUAUUGACAAUCUCAUUGGCCCAGUGGGUGUUUUUUCAAUCUGAUUGAAAACAACUGUACUAAACGUAGCUGUAUACAUGGACAGCAUACACAUCUAUCCACGAUCAAUCCGUGUUUACAAGGGUCCUGGGUAAAGCGGAUUUUACUUUGUCCUAUGACAUGCGCACAGAAUCUCUUGCUUAACUUUCAGGUCUUUAGCUUUGCAGCCAGCAGUCCUCAGCAUGGAGCAGAGUGUUUUUAUCUGCUGGAUAUCUGCUCAAAAAAUGUUCCAACAUCUCCAUGAUACGCUGCUCAGAGAACUCCUCCCCCAACCAGAGUCCCGCCCUGCCGGCACAUCCUGGUGUAAAGCACCGGGGCUCAGCUCUGCCGAUGUUUCGAAUUAACUGGUGUCCUUGUUAAGUUAUGACCAACAGAUGUUGAAAUACCGACUGAAACUUGUAGUGGCUCUAGCAAACAACAGUCAUCUACAUUUACAGCAUGUGUUUACACAGAAGUCCGCCGUCACUCGUUAACAUGGGAACCAGUUAAUCCAUAACACCGGCUGUUCAGCCGCUCGUAGUGUGCCUUGGAGCUCAUUGAACAACUCGCUGUUGUGUGAUUUGUGGCUGUCUCCCCUCUCCAGGUAUUUGUUCUCUUGGGUUUUUUUAUUAAAAACGGGUUUCUCAACCACCGUCCAGUUCUCCCUCUUGUUUUUGACUGUCCUGCUUCCCGUUUACUGCACACGUCAUGAUGUCACUACGUAUGAGGGUGUGCAUGUGCCAAACAAAUAAUAAAUAACAAAUAAUCCCCACUUGUAUGAGACCCAGGGUGGACUUUCGCGGAUUAUCGAUCAGCGUAGACUGCUUCGUACAGUCGGAUCCAAAAUACAAUCCACCCCGAGUGAAGCAGAUCCACUCAGUGUUUAUAUGACACAUUUACAAUCUGCUUCAGCUACAUUCCGAUUAUACGGGUGCAUGUAAACAUUGAGGACGGUCAUCUGUAGCUAAAAAUUAUUAAAUCUCACCAGUUUCACAUCACCAGUUUAACCCUGUUCAGACUGUGUAAAAACAUGAUUUU